AUGAAUACUAAAGUGAUUGUAUUUCAGAUUUUUCUUUUACUAUCAACAAAGUCACAAUUGAACGAAGCAGUAAUAUGCAGUAACUCCACAGGAAAAGGUGACGUAUGCUGCGGUGGUCGGGGCUACUCAACCUUCAGCAGUAUAUGCUGCAGUGGUGCUAUUACGAGUGGCGAUGCAUGCUGUGGUAGCGAAGGCUACUCAACAUCAACCAGCGUAUGUUGCAGUGGUGUUGUCAAACCUGGAAACAGAUGCUGUGGUAGUGAAGGUUACUCUGUAUUUACCAGUAUAUGCUGCAAUGGUACUAUCACAAGUGGCGAUGAAUGUUGUGGCAGUAAAGGCUACUCAACAUCAACCAGCGUAUGUUGCAGUGGUGUUGUCAAACCUGGAAACAUAUGCUGUGGUAGUGAAGGCUACUCUGUAUUUACCAGUACAUGCUGCAAUGGUGUUAUCAAAAGUGGCGAUGCAUGCUGUGGAGCUGAAGGCUACUCUACAUCAACCAGUGUAUGCUGCAGUGGUGUUGUAAAACCAGGAAAUAGAUGCUGUGGUGGUGAAGGUUACUCUGUAUUUACCAGUAUCUGCUGCAAUGGUACUAUCACAAGUGGCGAUGAAUGUUGUGGCAGUAAAGGCUACUCUCCACGAACCAGUAUAUGCUGCAAUGCUGUUAUCAAAAAUGGCGAUGCAUGCUGUGGAGCUGAAGGCUACUCUACAUCAACUAGUGUAUGCUGCAAUGGUGUUAUCAAACCGGGCAACAGAUGCUGUGGUAGUGAAGGUUACUCUGUACUUACCAGUAUCUGCUGCAAUGGUGCUAUUACGAGUGGCGAUGCAUGCUGUGGAACUAAAGGCUACUCUACAGCAACCAGUGUAUGCUGCAAUGGUGUUAUCAAACCGGGCAACAGAUGCUGUGGUAGUGAAGGCUACUCAGUAUUUUCCAGUAUUUGUUGCAAUGGUGUUAUCACAAGUGGCGACGAAUGCUGCGGCCACCAAGGCUACUCUCUACAAACCAGUACAUGCUGCAAUGGUGUUAUCAAAAGUGGCGACGCAUGCUGUGGAGCUGAAGGCUACUCUACAUCAACCAGUGUAUGCUGCAAUGGUGUUAUCCAACCUGGCAACAAAUGCUGUGGUGAUCAAGGCUACUCUGUAUUUACCAGUAUAUGCUGCAAUGGUGCUAUUACAAAUGGCGAUGAAUGUUGUGGCAAUAAAGGCUACUCUCUAUCGGCGAGUAUUUGCUGCAAUGCUGUUAUAACCAGUGGAGAUGCAUGCUGUGGUAGUGAAGGCUACACUACAUCAACCAGUGUAUGCUGCGCUGGUGUUGUUAAAGAUGGUGAUAGAUGCUGUGGUGGUCAAGGCUACUACUCUUUAUCAAGCAGUAUCUGCUGCAAUGGUGCUAUUACAAGUGGUGAUGCAUGCUGUGGUACUGAAGGCUACUCUCUACGUACCAGUACAUGCUGCAGCGGUGUUAUUAAACCUGGCGAUGGAUGCUGUGGUGGUCAAGGCUUCUCUACAUCAGUCGGUGUUUGUUGCAGUGGCGUGACUAAAAGUGGCAAUGCCUGCUGCGGUAGUCAAGGUUACUCGACGUUAACCAGUGUAUGCUGUAGUGGUGUUAUUAAAAGUGGCGAUGCAUGUUGCGGUAGUAACGGCUACUCUGCAUCAACUAGCAUUUGCUGUAAUGGUGUGAUCAAACCUGGAAAUAGAUGCUGUGGUAGUGAAGGCUACUCUGUAUUUACCAGUAUAUGCUGCAAUGGUGCUAUUACGAGUGGCGAUGCAUGCUGUGGAGCUGAAGGCUACUCUACAUCAACCAGUGUAUGUUGCAAUGGUGUUAUCAAAAAUGGCGAUGCAUGCUGUGGUGGUGAGGGUUACUCUGCAUCAACCAGUGUGUGCUGUAGUGGUGUUAUUCAACCUGGCAAUGCAUGCUGUGGUAGUGAAGACUUUUCUCUAUCCACCAGUGUAUGCUGCAGUGGUGUUAUUCAACCCGGGAAUGGAUGCUGUGGCGGUCAAAACUUCUCUACAUUAUCCAGUGUAUGCUGCGGAGGUGUUAUUAAACCAGGCAAUGAAUGCUGUGGUGGUGAAGGCUACUCUCCUUUAGUCAGUACAUGCUGCGAUGGUGUUAUUACAAGUGGCAAUGCAUGCUGUGGUAGUCAAGGUUACUCUGCAUCAACGAGCGUAUGUUGUAGUGGCGUUAUUACAAGUGGCAAUGCAUGCUGUAGUGGUCAAGGCUAUUCUUUACUAACCAAUGUAUGCUGCGCUGGUGUGAUCAAAGCGCUUGGUGUAUGUUAA